CCCCGCUGCCCCGCUGCCCUACCAGGUUCUACGACGACCGGCGAGCGGCUGUCCGGCUAGCUGGCCAUCAAGGCAGUUGGCAGUCAUGGCCAGCGAUGAGCUGCCUGCCAGACGCCGGGACUCGGCUGACACGAUCCAAUCAGCGCCUGCGCCGCCCAUCAUCCGACGAAGCUACGACGAUGACCACGAGGAGCCCACAGGCGCCUCAGAGGCAGGCCUGUCGAGCGACUCGGCCAGCGCAUCAUACCGGUCGGCAUGGUCAGAUGUGACCGCACGUCCCUCGCUGGAGUACACCGAGCUCGCGGACGAUGACGCAAUCCAGACCGUUGACUUCUCCGACUUUGACAUGUCCUCGUCAUUCGUCGACACACCUGGCUUGCCCGACCUGCCGAGCCCGCACGACUCGGCUGUCCAGAUGGACAGGCUCCCUCUGCCUUCAUCAUCUGGCUGGCAGUAUGACAGCGCAAGCGAGACAUGGUCGCCAUCCGCCUCUGCGUCUUUGUCACAGCUUGCCACACCCCAGACCGGCGGCUCCCUUUCUUCGCCCAGCACGAGAGUGCCUACAUCGCCAAGCUCGAGAGCGGCAAGUUCACGCAAUCUGCUGCAGAAAGAGUGCACAGACGGAAGCCUGCCCGCCUUACCCGCCUUGCCCACCUGGGCAGAUCCGCCUCGAUCAAGGCGCAGGCUCGGUCACGUCGCACUCGCCCAUCUAUCACGCUCGCGCGACAAAGGCAAAGCAAAGGCCGCACAGUACGAGGAGCGGGAACAUGAUACGACCUUCGUCGAAGAUUUGCUGGCCUUUCUAUCGGGCCAGAAGCGGCAUCGCAGGCGUAUUCUCGGACCACGCAGUCAUCAACGGUGGCUACUGCAGAAGUGGCUCGUCUAUCUCGCCAAUUGGCUUCUCACCGCCAUGGGCUUGACGGCGAUGACGCUCGCUCUCAUGACUUGGUUCAAUGCCUGGGGCAACGCUAUCGUCCUACAAACGACAGACGCAGUGACACUCAGACUAGCAACAGCAGCGGCUGCCCUGAUGCUCCUAUCUGCAUCGGUCGGUCACGCCGCCUUUGCGAGCACACCGGCAUCGCUGGCCCUCUUGUCCGUCUUCAAUCUGCUGCUGUGGCCUUGCCUCGCUCUCAGCGCCGCAGUAGGCUACAUCAGCUACAAGAAGCGUACAUUCCGCUUAGACGCCAAGAUGCUACUCUAUUGGCGAAGCAUCGGCCUCCCAGGCCGACGCACAGUCCAAAACCGCCUGUCGUGCUGCGGACUCAAUGACCCCUUCACAGAGGCCGCACUGACUGCGCUAUGUUACCCGCGAGCUCAGAUGCAAGGCUGCAAGGGACCUCUGAUCCGAUUCGAACGCAAAUACUUAUACAUCACAUACGCAGUAGCCUUCGCCGUUUGCGGUCUCUUGCUGCUCAUCAUCGCAAGCUCCAUCGUCUGCUCGAAGAGCACAGAGGCGUCAUACGCGCCAAUACCCACAGACGAUCUGCCAUCCUCAUCGAUACCCACACAUCCAGACAUUUAUCGAGAUCAUUCGCCCGACAACAAAUCCUUGCAUGAACAGAGCCACGUCUUCGAGGACAGCGAUCGCAAAACUUCGCACGAAGCCAAUGGAAUCGAGCUGCACGCGCUAUGACAUCGAGUGGAGUUGUAUUAUUACACAACAUUGUCAAGAAACCCUCAAAAAUCAAUGCUCGUGAUGUCGUCGAUCAAAACUACCAGGCAGCCUUGCCGCUUUCUCUGUGCCGCUUGAGUAGAUCCUCCUUGACCGUCUCGCUGAACGCGAGUGACUUCU